AUGCCCCUGUUCAAGGGCUGUGGCAUUGAGUUCAAGCGGCUCCUGCUCAGGGCCAUCCGCGAAUGGGAGUACCACGACGCCGGAAAGGAGACCUGGUAUGAUCCCGACUACGACGAGAUCUGCACGCUGGAGAAGCUGCCCAAAGACCGGCUGCCUCCAUUGCAUCGGCCGUUCAUCGGCAUGAAACUCGACCCCGGGGAGUACAUCUGCCGGGGCGGCGACUACGACGAUAAGCUCGCAGAGGGCUCAGGGAAGGUGGUCAUCAUAAAAGGGACCGUCGAGAAACUGGUAGGGGAUGCGCCGCAGGCGCGGCAACUGCGCAGGCUGGAACCGUCUCAGAUACAAAGCAACCGCUUCAGCGGGUGCCAGGGAGGCCUCUGCAUCGUGCGCAUCCUGAAGCGCGGCGACUGCGAGGGCAUCACGGAGUUUCUGGGCGUCGGCUCCGAGCAGCGCACCUGCGCCCUGCGCGCGGGGCCCGAGGGCGCCCGUGUGCGCUUCGUCGGCCGCCAAGCGCUGACGGAGCUGCUGCAAGAGAAGGUCAUCGACGAGGAGGCAGAGCAGCCUGAGGACCCAGACGAUGAGCCGAUCAUGAGGCCACGGUGGACGAAAGAGGUGGCCUACUUCAACGAGCUGUCCUUGGACCGCAUCGACUCCCUCAACCACAAGGAGGCGCGGAACCUUUUGACCUGGAACCCUGGGCCGGUGGAUGGCCCGGACACGCCUUUGGACUUCCUCCAGCUCGGGGGGCAGUCCGUCUUCAUGGUGGACAAUGCGUUGGGCACCUCCGUGUCCGGGCCGCUGCCGGAAGGCAUCGAGGAGAGGUACUACUUCGAUGGGCAGACGAUCCUGAAGCCCGGAGUGAUGGGGGACUCGGCGAUUCUGAUCCUCCGCGGCGAGGUGGAGGCGCUGGUGCCUGAUGGCUGCGCAGGCAACUGCCUGCACCGAGCCUGGGAAUCCGAAGGCGUGGGCUGGCUAGGCGAUGGCCGGGACCUGCGUUGCGGCGAAGCGGCGUCGACGGCGCCGAUGGUGGCGCGGCUUCCGAAAGCGGAGCUCCCUGAGCUGGAUUCGGACCAGGAGAAGGUGCGGAGAUACUUGAUGGAGCAGCCGGACCGCACCGCCGAGCAGGAGGUGAUCAUGGUGUCUUUGGUGAUGCCUCAAAACAUCAAGCGCGCCAUGGCGCACCUGCGCAAGGCGGCGGAGGAAGGCCGGCUGGACCUCAGCGCCAUGAAGACGACAGACUGGCGAUGGCUUUGGGGAGACCCCGACUGCCUCAUCGUCUUCGACGUGCUGGAAAAGGCGAAGUUGCUGAGCCCUCAUGGGUUAGAGGUCGCCGAGGAGGUGCGGUUCUUCCUGAACCCACCACAGGAGGAGCCGCCUCCAGAGCCGCAGGCGGUGCUGGGGCCUGGAAUGCAGAUCGGGCGCCUGGCGCUGCUGGGGGUUCCCAUCGUCCUGUCGGGCGUCGUCCGGGCCAAGGGCCCCGUCUUGGUGGCCAUCCUUCACCGCCACGUGCUUUUGCAAGCUCUGGGGAAUUGUGAGGAGAAGGCCCUCUUCCUCCCGCACGGUUUGACGAUCCACGAUCGGCUCGACGUGUUGAAGGCACUUCCCUCUACCAAGAACGAGGUGAAGGACCGGCCUUCGCACCUUGGGCCGAUCACGGGCCCGCCGGCGCACAAGGACCGAGACAAUCAGGCAGAGGCCGCGGCAGGGACCUUUGGGGGCUGGCUGUCCGGCCGCUACAGGCACGUUCCCGGGGCCGAUGCUUUCGAGCACGUGCUGAUGAGCGCCUUGAAGAGCUACUCCGUGAUCUGGGACCUGGUGCACGAUGCCCCGCCGCGGCUGCUGGAUCAGCUUGUCCGGGCCUGGGAGCCACGCUGGCUGCUUCCUGGCGAGACGAUCGUCGCCGAUGAGGAGCCAGACGCCGACUUCGUCUUUGUCCUAGUGCAUGGCUCGUGUGUGGUUCUUCUUGAGGACCGCGAGAUCGAGAAUGUGGGUCAAGGCUCUGUGCAAGGAGCAGCGCAGUUGCUGGCCUUGAAUGGUUGGACGCGAACUGUGCAGGUGUCUCCAACGUGCAAUGGGGAGGCCAUGAUCCAGAUCCUGACACGGGCCAAGCUCAUGGACAUGCUGGAUGGUCAUCCACUGCCCAAGACGCGUCUGCGCACCUUGGAGCAGUCCCUUGAGGAAGGCAAGGAGGCCGAUUGGCGCAUCCUGAAGAACAUCCCGGCCUUCGGCAGCUGCGCCUACCAGCCCUUCUUGGCACGCCUCCACAAGGACGCCGAUAUCCGGCUCUUCUGUGCCGGCGACAUGGUAGCCUUUGCUGGUGACGACUCCGCGGCCAUGAUGGUGGUGCUUGCUGGCACAGUGCGGUGCGAGCAGCCCCAGACCUUGUUUUUCGUGGAGUUGCGUCGUGGAGAGUGGUGCUACCAGGACAACAUCCUCGGCAAUACGCCCAUCUUUGGCCACGAUGCAGUGGCGGUCACCAACGUCCUCGUCCUUGUCCUUUACAGGCAUGCGAUGCAGAACGCAAUGAUCGCGUAUCCAGAGACCCGGAAGGUGGUCAUCGCCAAUGAGACGUGGAGGAAGCAAACUGACUGCCCGGAGCCAUCAGCCUUGCCGGUCUUUGCCAAGCUCCCUGCCCCGCUGCUGACAGACGUCGUAGAGGAGGCAAAACCAGUCUACUACCGGCCCUGCUCACUGCUCUACUCGCCGGGUGAGGCCAUCGAGGAUGCGGCAAUGCUCUUCGUGGUUCGUGGCGAGUUGCAAGUGGCCAUUAUGGGCAUCGAAGUACGAAGGAUUGGAGCAGGCGGCUACGUGGGCCUGCACCACUUCAUGGGCCUUGACUGUUCCGCACCCAACGUCACUAUUCGAUCCACGCUGGCGUGCGACUGUUUGCUUCUUCAGCAGUCGACCGUCCAGAAGGCACUUGAUGACGAGCUCAUGGAGGAUGACAUGCUCCCGUACUCGGCGGCAGUACGGGUGCUCUCGGGUGGCGAGAUCCUAGAUGCCUUCGGUUUUCCUGUGGGCGAUGGCAGUGCCAAGAAUGUGCCCGACUGCGUGGAGCAAAGUGAGGUCUUCCGAGCUUGCUCGCGGAGCUUCGUGUCGCAGGUUGCAGAGAUCGUCGAGGACCUGGCUUUCUGGCCGGGGGAGACACUCUACCUGCAGUACGAAGAGGGCAACUUCAUGUACUUCAUCCGCUCCGGUCGAGUCCGGUUGGAGGUGCUGGGCCGGAAAGAACACGAGAUCGUCGAGGCCGGCACAACGUUGGGCGACAUGGCCGUGCUGGACCAGGUGCCGCACUACGUCGAGUCGGCCUACGCGGAGACCCACGUCUGGGUGAGAGCACUCAACAAGAAGCUGCUGCGGCGGUCACUGAGUUCCUUCCCGGAGGAGGAGCGUUGCAUGCUCGGCCAGGUCCACGCCGCCAACCCGGGCAUCUUUGGAUAG